AUGACGGAAAUUCGAGACCAAUCGAUUCCACGCGAAGAACGGGUCCUGCUCGCCGUCAAGGCCUAUCAGCAAGGCCAAUUCGACAGUACCCACAAGGCCGCAACGGCAUAUGAUAUCCCUCACUCGACAGUAUCUGGUCGACUGCGCGGUGCCCGCCCCCGACGCGAUGCGCAGAUGAACAACCGGAAGUUGACGGCGACGGAAGAGACUGCCCUCGUACAAUGGGUCUUGUCGAUGGACGAGCGAGGGAUGCCGCCGACAGUGGUCUACACUCGCCGCAUGGCCAACUUGUUGCUCUCUGAGCGCGGCCAAGAAACUGUCGGCGAGAAUUGGGUGCGGAAGUUCGUUGGCCGCCACGACGAAAUCAAGGCGAAAUACUCGUCGAUAUGA